GUACAAGUAUAUACAUAAUAACUAAUAAUAAGAAUGCUUAAUUACUAGGUAUAAAAAUGUUCACAGUAGGAGUUCCAAUUUUUAAUUAUUACGUUUUAUUUACUGCGUGGAGUGUAUGGGAGAGGGUUAGUUUUGGAGAAGAAAGGGGAGUGCAUGCUUGAAUGGACGUCACAUCCAUUGGGAUGGGUGGAUGGAUAGACGUUAUUUUUUUGCCCUCCACCAAAAGGUUCAACAUUAUUGAUAUUUCAAGGUAAAUAAUACAUUCUUUCAGAAACACGUGAAAACAUAGUGUUGGCAAAAAUGCGAGUAAAACGUAAAAUCAAAUUUAUAAUUGAAGAAUAUUGUGAAAACCGAGAACUGAGAGGUUUUGGUAAUGAUAGUGGAGGGUAGACUUACAGAUUUUAAAAACAAGAAAUACUGAUUGGAAAAAAAAUUAGUUUACAAGUUUGGGAACAAGCCUGAUUAAUUAAGACGAGGAAGGCAACCUGGCAUUCUGCCUGGAGAAUGAAAUUGAUAAAAAGUAGAGGAGAAAAUUAGGGCGCCUUUCACCAACUUAUUCUGUACAAAUUUCCAUUCACAGAUCACAUCUUAUAAACCCUUUUAAAGAUUUCACAACGUCGACGUGGUGGGCGGUAGUUUGACUUUUGCGUGGGGGGAGGGAGGCGGUAUACUGAAAAAAAUCCUGAGGAACAUAAGGCGAAUAAAUUACAGUCAUGAAGGUUUAAGUUUAAUUGGCAAUUUUAAUCUAUAUUAUACGCAGGAAAUGUCUGUCCGGGACGGAAGUGAAAGUAAAGAAAAUCAAGGUUCGAAUGGCGCGAAAGUUCGAAAUAAAUUAUAUUUAAAACAUUAAAUGUCUUAUGGUAGUUAUCUUCUGUGGUCGUCUGACGGCGGUUAUCUGGGAGUGGUUAUACAUGCCUGGAUAACCAUUAGACAUUUAAUGUUUCGAAUUUUAUUUAAUUCGGGCUAUUCCCCCAUUCGCUCUUGGCUUCCUUUACUUUCACUGAUUAGGCGGGACAUAUCUUUUCACUUUCGUUACCGAUAAAUAUUUGUAGUCAAAAAUUUUGAUAAUCCGUCCAGGCUAUUAUGGUCGUUUUAAAAUUUAAAACAUUCCAAUUUGGCGAAUGUAUUGCCACACCUUGGUGCCAAAUGUGAAUUUUACACAGAAAUAUUAACCAAUCUUUCAUCAGUCGUCCUAACAGAUACGGAAUAAACAUGGUGGAUACGAAGAUAACGACGGGCACCAUGGAGGCUUCCCUUUUAAGUCUAAUAUUUAAAGUAUAAAAGACGAUUUAAAAUCACAUAUUUGCGCCACAAAUUGAUUUUAGUUGCCAGGCAACACUACGAUAAACAAGGAUUUAACUUCAAGCAAAAUUUUCAACAUCUACAUACAUAUCCUUAGUUGGCAUUGGCAGGAAUCAUAUCAAAUUUGUAAGUGAGUGUGAAUUGUCGUACAUAUUUAUGCCUUAUCCCCAAUCAUGAUUACAAAAAUAACACAAAUACUAUUAAUCUAUUUAAUUCUCUUUGCAUUAGUCGUUCCUCUAUCACGCAGUGUUUGGACCGUACCCAAUAUGUUCCAAAACUGUCACAUAAUUUUUCUAACUUAUCAGUUUGACCUUUCUUCACUAGAUAUACAUCACAAUAUACCAUAUUUCCAUGAAUUACUCUGUUCAAAUCCUUACUCGCCUAUUGUUCAUAAUUCGUUUGAACGUAACGACUCCUACAUGGAUAUUAUAGGCAACCACAGAUCAAUCCAUGGACCACACUCAGCUUCAAGGCGAGUACCAUUGAUAUUCCUUAAUAUUGGAAGUACAGAAAAACUAACAAAUACAGAAAUCUUCUCCAUUUUCUUUGACAUGCAAUACUCGACCAUGUUGUAUUUAAAUCCCUCGUACAUCUUCCUCCAUACGCAUCAACCUACAAAUCCAUCGAAUUACGAUUCAUACCAUACCUGUCACGGAAUUGCGAGUCUAUUUUUAUUCAGUUACAAUCAACCAGGCAAAAUAUAUAUCCCUUGUAUAACUUGUGAGUGGGAACAAAUAAUGGAAAUUAGCAAGAUGGAUUACCCUCUUAGAAAAAUUAAGUCAAUCUGGUUUUCCUUAAAUAACAAUCUUCACAAAAAUAUGGUGGCUGUUCCUCUCCUUUGGAUUUACCAGUAUAGCCAAUGCGAUAUGACAAAUUUUCAGCCCAAAAUGACAACUGAUUUUGAUAUUUGUGCAAUUUCUUCGCUUUCUGUGAAGCAUAACUUCACCCUGGUGGACAUAUCUCUGCAUCAGUCUGGUUAUUACUAUGAUUUUCAUUCUAACGCUAUUCUUCACCAGACAUUAAUUGAUUUGAUAGUGCGAGACUUCUACUCCAGUUACCAAAUGGGAUGGUCAAAUAUACAAUUUAUAUUUGUUGCCCCGUUUCCCACUGCUCUAACUGGGAUACAGGGAUUGCUGUCGCCUUUCAAUACAACGGUUUGGGCAAUUUUAAUAAUUGCUUGUGUAAUUAUUACGUUAAUUAUUGUAGUUACUGACACUGGGAGACAUAAAGUUUUCAGGUUCAUCAUUGAUUUUUUAAAUAUCGCCUCGAUUCUAAUGGGACAGGUGAAUGGAGACAGUUUUUUAAUGUUCCACAAUAAGAAAUGGGUUGCAGUACCCAUACUCACGGUCUGGUUUUUGGGUGGACGCUACCUAACUAUGGAUAAUUUAUAUGUAGGAUCAAUUUACUCUUUUUAAGUGCAGUAAUGCCACCCAUACUUCCCGAUAAAUUUACAACUCUUGUUGAUUCAGAUAUUCCAAUUAUUACAUUAUCCAGCGCCUAUCAAUCUGGACUGUCCAUAUUAAAAACUAUUCGCAUACCAGAAUACAUCGAGUUAUACAAGGAAAAGGAAAGUUUCGUCAAGCUAUUGGAAAAACUGAAUUCCAGAGUUGUCUCCUUCGAAGGAAUUAGUUAUUUUGACGUGAUGGCAAAAGUUUUUGGUAAUAUUGGAAAAUCAAAUCCUCCACUACUUCAGAACUUGUCGCUUGGAUUUGAUGGUAACAAAGCAUGGGGAAUUGUGGACGAGAAGGUAAUUCUAAACGAGUUUACUUCAUAUAUAAAAUUGAGUGGUUGGCGGAAACUUAUCUACGCCAAAGAUGGAACAACGCCCUUUACUGAAAUAUCUUUUACCGUGGGGGGUAAAAGCUUUCUUGUCCCAAUAUUUCAGAGGGGAUUUGUACAAUUGUCGAGCUCCGGUUUAAUUGCUAGGUGGUAUAAAAUGAGUGAAUUGUAUACGCCUUUAGAAUUCGUAUAUAAAAGGGAUAACAAAAACUACAAAAGAUGUUUCCGCAAGGCCAUGUCAAGUGGGAGAGAGCAAGUUACAUUCCACGAAUCGGACCCUGUUUCUAUGAAAUCUGUAAGAGAGGUAUUGGCUCUGUGUGGAAUAUGUUUGAUUUCUGGGGUUGUAUGCAUUAUCGUCGAGUGUAGAAGUGGUAUUUAUUACUACCUAAAAGUAAAAUACGACAAAUUCGUAAAGCAUGUGAAGGUACCCAUUAUUCCUAGAAUUCACAGAUAUCUGAACAGAAUUAAUAAAUGUCUCAGUUAGCAAAACAAACUCUAAUUGCACUUGUUCAAAGUAAAAUAUGACAGCUAUGUUAAUCAUUUGGAGGUUAUUAUUGUCUUUUAAAUUAGUAAAUAUCUACAUAAUAUCUACUUUAUAAAAUAAGCAAAGUAUUAUUGUGCUUGUACAAGUGUUAUUUUUGGAAACUAAAGAACUAAUAAUGCACCUGUGCAUAUUACUAAAGCUCA